ACUUGUUCCACUUCGCGGGUGCCGCCUUUUAUUUUGGUUGGUUUUGUUGCGUUGAAAUGUAAACGCUACCAGUCCACUUCCAACAGCACUUUUGUUCGGUUUGGUUUUGUCGGGACGCACGCUGAGCCGCGGCGCGUGGGCGUGGCCUCGCAGGGGUCCAUCGCGCGGACCGCCCUGCGAUUGGUCGGCGCCGUGAGCGAGCGGCACGCGACUGCGGCUGUCGCUAUAAAGGGGCCUCGCGUGCGUGCGUGCGUCCCCGGAAAAGUCAAGCGCGUCCAGCAAAGAGACACAAGACGACAAACAUGGACGCCGUGUUGGACCCGUUCUCGGCCCUCGACUCGUUCUCCUCCCCUCCUUACUUCAACGAUGACGACUUUUUCACCGACCAGUCCUCGAGGGACGCAAACCUGGAGCCGGACGACUUCUUAGACGAUGACGUGGAUUUGUUCGGCAAGCAUUUCCAAGACUUUUACGCCGGCAAGGGGAGCGGCCAGUACGACGCGGGCGACCUGUCCUUGUCGUCCUUGUCGUCCUCGUCGUCCACGUUCUCCUACAGCGUCCCGGAGCUGUCGAAGAGGCGGCGGAGGGCGAGGUCUGACGCGGAGAUGCAGCAGCUGAGGCAGGCGGCCAAUAUCCGGGAGCGGCGCCGGAUGCAGUCGAUCAACGACGCCUUCGAGGGGCUGCGCACGCACAUCCCCACCUUGCCCUACGAGAAGAGGCUCUCCAAAGUGGACACGCUGCGCUUGGCCAUCGGCUACAUCAACUUCCUCGCCGAACUGCUGCGCUCGGACCUGCCCGUCCGGAACCCCGGCGGCGACGCGCACGCGCAGCCCAAGAAGGUCAUCAUCUGCCACCGGGGGGCAAGGUCCCCCUCCCCGAGCGACCCCGACUUCGGUCUGCCCCCCCUGGCCGGCCACUCGCUGUCCUGGUCGGAUGAGAAGCAGCUCCGGGACCAAAACGUCAUCCGCACGGCCAAGGUGUGGACCCCGGAGGACCCCCGAAAAGUGCACAGCAAGUCGCCCCUGGCGGAUAUCGAGAACGAGCCCCCUUUCGGCCUGCUGGUCUAGACUGAGCAAAUGCUCGGCGAGGACGCGAUUCUGCCGAUGCCGCGGAAACACCAUACUGUACAUUGUCAUUCACUGGCUUUAUUAUUAUUAUUAUUAUUAUUAUUAUUAUUAUUUUGUUUUUAUUUGUCAAUUGAGGCUGCUGGCAAUCGUGUAUUUAACGUUGGUAAUAAUAUAUGUUGUCAUUUAAUGGCAGAGAAUGAGAUAUUUAUUUUUUUUUACACCGACGAUGACGUAUUCUUUUCUAUCCAAUCUACAAAUCAAUUCAAAUGGACAAUAACGAAGCGGCGAGUGUUCCCGUUGUGGGCGAAUGGGCGACAGAAAGCACAACACGACACGUCAUCAAUUUGCGACCGCGGUGGUAUUCGAGCACUGGUGCAGACGCACGGACGCGGAGGGACGCGGAGGCCCCAAAGCAAACCCUGCGCGUCGACUUCCGUGAUUUUUGCUCAACUCAAAUUG